CGACACUGGCGAGGACGGCCACGGAGAGUUAUCAAGCAGGAGUGUGAAGGAGUUGUGUUUACGCUUUGCUCCUACUAGAAGCUCUGUAUAGCUGAGAUGAAUCGAAUAUGGCCGGUGCUGCUCAAGAGCAUCGUGAUACUGGCGCUGUGGGUCGCCCUGGUGGCCCUGAGUGUCCGCUCAUUCUUCAGCCUGGUGAGGGCAUCACACCUACCGUUGCUGAUCCUUCUCAUUUGUGGUGCAUUCUUUGUCUUCCUUAACAUCAUUUGUUUCGUGCACUUGAUUGGCAGCGUCAACAUAGUGUUUCUCAUCCUGCUUCUCCUCACGCAGACUGUUCUUAUGUACCCGUUGUGCCUCCAAGUAUGGCGUGCCUUUGUGGCUGCCAUCGAGAAAGACCAGACAAUCCGGAGGCAAAAGAUUCUGAAAGCCAGGUACGCAAAUUGGGUUGACUCGAAACCGUCCGUGAAGCAGCUUCCAGACGUAGAUUCGCCACACAUAUUUGGAAGCUGCGUGCCAUCCCGCCCAGCUCCGGUUUCGCCAGCGGGUGCAACCAGCCAACAGGAUGCUUCUGUCCCUGAUAGUAACUUAGAGAUAACUAGCACCAAGUUCCACAGCAAUACGAAGAAUAUAAGGCUCUCGUUGGACACGCCGGAAAUUUACGUCGGAGAACGUAAAUUCUGUAAAUACGUUAUAAAAACUUUGAAACAUCUGCUAAUAUUUAAAAAACUGUCAUACCAUAUCAUCACUAACGCAUCAGCAGACAUCCUCCAUGUAUCAAAAUCUAAGGCUAUUGCCGAAGAACUGCCUGACCGUGUGGUUCAGAACGACCCUCUCGUCAUUUGUAAUGAUAACCAUUACAUCAUUACCUUUGUUAAGAACUUCUGUUUUGAUAAGUUCCAAGUCACCAAAAGGAGCAACGGCAAGAUUGAAACUUUCGAACAAGUCGACCUCAACAAGUUUAUAUGGCCGAUGGUGUGGCCUUCAACUGUCGCCCUUUUUUACGCUAUGUUCGACAUUCAGAAUAUAAGUAGGCGCACUGUCUAUGCGUUCGUUUACCCAGCAGUGGGUGUGGUAGCAUGGUUGCUAACUAGACACAGUGUGGACGAUAUGUGGAAGAUUUUACUUCUCAUCCCCCUUAGACUUUUCUUUACUGUCAGCAGAUCCCUCCUGGUGUGUGCCAUCGCCGUAACAUGGUUCUACCCUGCUCUUUCAAUCUAUGUUACUGCCAAGAUCCUCGGGAUCAUCGUUCUUAGUAUCCACCUCACCUAUGCGAAAGUGAGACGGAAUGUUGAGCUCCUAGGAGAUCCAAUCGACAAGUACACUUUCAAUCCGCUGCUUCAGUUCUGGGUGCAGGUAGUCGAGAGUUGCGUUUACUGCAUCUGGGGUUUCGUGUGGCGUUUCUCUGAGAAUGACCCAUCGCCAGUUCAUCACAGUGUGUUACCUAUGAUUGUUAUCUGUCAAAUUGUUGGACUGAUUUGGAUAAGGGUCGUAAAGCGGUAUCACGUAGAACUAUUGCGAGAUCCAGUGAAGGUAUUCAAGACUGCUCAAAACAGGUUGGGUGAAAGUGUGCUAAACAGUUUUGAGGCCUAGACACCAUGAUGUUUUAACUUAUAAAAAAAAAUUAAAAACAGUUAUCCUAUCUUUUGAGAUUAAUGCUAUUAUGU